AUGUCGAGGAAGAUAAAUAGAGGGUUUCGGUUCAGCUAUUGUUCGCUGGCUUCUCGCAAGGGCAUUAAUAGAGCAUGUCCGGAUAUAACCCACGCCGGGCUUAGCAAUAUUCCACCGCAGUUGUUUUCCUAUAGAGCUGCGUCCCGCCGAAAGGAGGGGCCCUUUGAUUCCAAAAACGCGAGCCAAAAGGUACUGGGUUCGGGGGCUAGCGGCAUUUCACUGGAUUCAGCCAUGUCAGAAGGCAUCAUGGCCAAUCUACAGUUCGCAUCCGUGUUGAUAGAGACGGCGUGGGGCAUGGAUUAUCUUGAUAAAAAGGGCGUCGGGGUGUCACGGUUGGAUGAAUGA